GUACAAUUGGUUCAGUUUGCACAAGCUUGCAUUCCUCUCACCCUGUUCACCCGAAGUACGAGAUUCAGAUUAACUCUCAAAUAAUGGCAGAGGCAAGACCACCCGAUAAGACAUCCAUUGAUGUGAGUGGAAAGCUGUUGAAAGCUGUGAUGGCAGACGACUUCGAUGAGGUAAAGAACUUGCUGGAGAGAGGAGCAAGCCCCAACUUUGUAACUUCUAAUCUAACCGAUGGUACGGCCACCCCAUUCCAUUCUGCCGUACGGCGUAAUAAAGUCAACAUUGUUCGGUGCAUGGUCGAAUAUGGUGCAGAUGUGAAUCUCGUAGACGAAGACGGUGACUCGCCUUUAUUCUCGGCAGUGUACAAAUCUACAGAUCCAGAAAUCCGUAAUUGUUUGUUGGAAAAUGGAGCCAGUGCCAACCAUGUCAACCAUGCAGGGAACACGGCACUCUUGCACAUGCUUGAGGGGUAUGUUUUGGAGGGCCUGGAGUUUGACCUAGAGGCGGUAUUCCUACUUCUUGACAUGUGUAGCAAUUUGGAGCAGCAUUCCUCCAGUGGGCGUUCUCUAAUACAUUUUGUAUCAGCUAUCCAUCUCUUUGACGAGAGAUCUAACUCACCAAACCACAGAUGCCUGUAUUUUCUAACAAAAUUAAUAGACAGAGGAGUGUCAGUCGACAAGAAGGACACGACUGGUGCAACCGUUCUUCAUGCCCUAGCCUCAGUCGCUUGUAUUGAAGGCAUGCAGUUUGUUUCAGACAGCACAACUACGGUUGAUGCUACGGCCAGGGACAUCAAGGGACAGACGGCUCUUCAUAAAUUGUGUGGCAAGCCAUACAGUGUCGACUUUGUCAAUUGUCUGAAUUGGCUACUCUUACAUGGGUGCGAUGUUAACGAAGCUGAUUGCUAUGGCAGAACUGCACUCCACUAUGCUACUAGUUCUCAGUUCACGAAUGUGAGCACAGUGCAGGCACUUAUCAACAAAGGUGCAAAUGUAAAGGCCGUGGACAAGGCCGGCUUAAACCCAUUACACAUGUGUGUUUUGCCAACCGUGCUCGUACCAGUUAUGGAGGAAGAGGAUGAAUACCCAGAAAAAGCUGGUGUUUGCGAUGUCAUUCAGCUACUUGCUUCUGCUGGUUUGGACGUUAACAGUACAGACAAUGCUGACUUCACGCCCCUUCAUUUUGCAUUGAGAGAGAAAGAUGUCGCUGUAAUAACAAAGUUACUGGAGAUUGGAGCAGAUGCAACCUUGAAAACACGCACAGGUGAGACAGCUCUACAUCGUUCUACAAUAGAUUAUGAAACAUUCGAAGCAUUCAUGAGAUUUGACAAACACGACUAUCUUAACGUAAAUAUCCAGGACAAAUUUGACUCAACUCCUCUGCACUGGGCCAUUUGGUACCAUGAAGUGCUUGUUGUGAGGAAACUCUUGGAAUCUGGUGCUUCAUUAUCCAUCAAAGACAACAUGGGAAACACUCCUUGUGAUAUAGCUCGAUUACUUGAGGAUACCAUUAUUUGUGAAGAACUAGGCAUACUUGACGAGAUAUCUUAUCUCAGGGACGUUGCAGGAGUAAAAGAAGAGGGAAUCAUGGAUUCUCAGGGCGUAACGUAUCUUUCGGAAACUGAUACAGCUUUGCAUUGUGCUGACCUGUUCUCUCCCUAUGCCCAGUCUGGCUCCUUGCAAGAAUCAUGUGAAACAGAUGCUACAGAAAGUCAUGAUACCAUUGAAAGAUUUACACAUUCUAGUGCCAAAAUAAAAACGAGAGAACCAACUCAAUCUGACACGAAUGUCACGCCAGUUACAAUGAACAAGAAUGACGAAAAGAAAAAUCAGGCAGACGGUGGCCUUUCAGCUCGUGACGACGAACACAGCCCUGCAGAUGUUUCUUCCCACGUGCCUGUCCAUGAGAAUCAAGAUACAGCUUCAGAAAACUCGCCUUCCUGGGAAACCUGCAGUUCUGAUGAUUCAGUUGUUUUUGUUGUUCAAAGAGAGUGUAGUGGGAAGAAGGACAUGUAUCCUUACUGUCCAAUUUUGCGCGAAAUAGAUCAUCAAGGAAGAAGUGUCAUGUUCAUGGAAUGGACAGAACACUUAGUAGAGCAUAAAGGCCCUCUCAAUCAUUACGCGAAAAGAUUUGUUUUAGACUGCAGAGACAUGGGAUUGUGUCCUGACAACAAUGAAAACACUGACAUUGCAGCUGUGAUACAUGACACUAUAACAAAUGCUGCUUCUAAGGUGGCCCAGCUGAAUCCUCUGCUCAGAUGUGAUGUAAGUUUAUCCGGUAGUUGGGCUGAAGGUACAAAAAUUGGAUUUCCAAAUGAGUUUGACUAUAAAUGGACUUUGAUCAAUUUCAAUGACAGUUUUAUCCCAGAAGAAACAGAAGCACAUCCUUUGGGAUACACAAGAUUGCGACUGCGGAAGAGUGAAGCUUUUGAUCACAAUUUGACGCGCUACUUGGACACUGAUGGUUUCCUGGAUAGUAGGAAUUUGAUUCGUGACCUCUAUACAGCGAUCAACGAUGCUAUUUUUAGUGGAGGUACUAUUGCCUCAGAAAGCCUUUACCUCAGAAAACAUCUGAAAAUUGACAAGGGUUCCAUCAGCAAGUUGGCCUUCCGCUGGGUUGGAACACUGUUUAAAGACUUGCUAAUCGAAGUAGACAUUGUACCUACCAUCAAACCAUCUUUGUGGACGCCUAAAUGUAUUGAAGUGAAUCAUUCUGGCCUCAUAACGUCCCCAAAAGAAAGGAAAACUAGCAUAGUUCUCAAAACACCAAAUCCACGCUUGGUAAAGAACUGGAAUGGACAUUUUCGCAUAUCGGUGUCUGAAUAUGAAGCCCAGAUUUUGCAAAAUAUACCCCUUCCUGUUCUGCGUGGAUACAUCUUGCUAAAGUCGCUAAAGGACACCUUGUACAUGCCACAAAUAUACGACCACGAUCAGAGAGAUGGCCUGAUGGAGGCAACUAUAUCUUCAUACAUGUUGAAGACGUGUUUUCUGCACGAGCUCAAGGCGGCCAAGGAUGCUUGUGACCCUACGCUGGAGCUGGCUAGAGACAGCAAGUCAGAUGAAGUCAGCAUAACAUGGGCGAAGAGGAUCAUCGAGCGUAUGGAAUUAUCCAUCGAAAGAAGUGAGUUGAAGAGCUUCUUUGUGUCUGGAGUGAACUUACUUGUCAACCAUAGCAUGACAGUUGUCAAUGAUCAAUACAUACUGGAAGCUGAAUGUCAGUGUCUGCGUCAUCUGCUAAAUGUAGCUACACUGCAUCAGUUCAAUGACUAAACCCAGUUGUGCUUCAUUUUGAAGUUUGAUUGAGUUAAUAGUCCACCUGUUCAAUUAUCCGGCUCAUUACGGUUACAUUUCCUUU